AUGUUUUCGUGGCGCAAUUAUUGCUGCCCGACUAUUUUGAUAAUUGGAUUCACACUAUGCGUGAAUGUGCCUCCCAACCAAGCGGAGCGCCGCGUGGAGUUUGUGUCCAGCAACAGCACUUACAAUCCGAAAUAUUUUAAGAGCUUCUCGAUUUGUGUUUCGAAUAGGACCCUGAACAUGACAAUGGAGCUUUUGCAGCCCAUUCAGCGCGGCUUCAAGGCCCACAUCGACUACCAGCUGCGCAUGCCGAAUGCCAGAAUGUUCCAAACCAUCUUCAGUCAUCAUGUCGACGUCUGUGCUACGGUGAAUAGCGUCAAAGGUGGGAUAUUCAAGAGCUGGUUCAAGAGCAUGACGGAGAAGAGCAACUUCAUGCUCAACUGCCCGGUGCAGGUGGGCACCUACUACCUGCGUGACUGGGAGAUGGGCUCCAGCCUGACGCACCAGUUUCUGCACCCCGGCGAGUACCGGGGCAAGGUCUACUUGUUCUACGGAAAGUACAAGACCAAAACCGAGAGCCGAGUGCUCGCCAUUACCAUAGAUUCCGUUCUGUAUAACUGA